AUGUCCUCUCAAAUUCCUUAGUUGAUGAUAACUGAAUAGCCUAUUGAUGAAUACUAAGAUUUCAUUAAUUAUUCACUAUCAGAUGUUUGUUUUUCAGUUAGUAAAUUUUAGAGUAAAGGUAAUAAUGUAAGUGAGAAUUCAAUCAAUUAAGACUACUAAUAACAUUAAAAUUCAACUCCUCUAUCUCCUAAUAAUAUUAACUUAACAAAACCAACAAAUGAUUCUUCAGACUAAAAAUAAAUUAUAUAGAUGCAACAACGAAAUAGUGUAAGUUCAACUUAAGAAAGAAUAUAUAGAGAUUUUUUUUAAUAUUUUCUGAUUUAAAAAUUUGUACAUAAGAUAUCAUUUAAAAAGAAAUUGAAUUCAAUGUUUGAUAGAUAUCAUUUUGAAGUAAUUAACGAUUUAGGAGCUACAUUUAAUUUAAAUUUAUUUAGAGAAAAUACGAUAAAAAUGCGACCAAUAAUUGUUAAAUAGGUUUAGUAAAUAGAAAACUAAUUUAUAAUAAGAGUAAAUAAAUUAUUAUCUUUGAUAUCUUUAAAAUGGAAUGCUUUCCUCAACAAAAUUCCAUUAAUUUACCCAGAAUCAAAAUUGAAAAUGCUUUGGGAUGCAAUUGUUACUUUGGCAAGAUUUUAUUUUAUAUAUGUUAUUCCAAUGGAUUUAGCAUGGGAAAUGUAAUCAUUUAUGUUUGAUAUUCUAAUUAUACCCACAUCAUUAAUGUUGACUUUAUUGAUAAUUGAUUUUGUUAUAAGUUUUAAUAAUGCCUAUUAUGAAUUUGGAUCAAUAGUAACAGAUAGGAGAAAGAUUGCUUAAUAUGUAUUUACAAAAACAUAUGGACUAGAUAUUUUAUCAGUCUUGAUAUUGAUAACUUUUUUAAUAAUUUCAGUAGUUUAAUCAUAAUAAGUAAGAUUAACUGAAAAUUGGUAUCAUUUGUUGUUGUUAUUGUUUUUAAUUUAAUACAAAAAUAUAUCUAAAUUAUCAGAAUAAGUUGAAGAAGCAUUGAAUUUAUCAAAAUAAGUGAGUUCUUUAUUAGAAUUAGGAAAGUUAAUAUUUUUGUUGUUUUUUGUUUUACAUAUAUUUUCUUGUCUUUGGUUUUGGGUUGGAAGUUAUUCAUAUAGAAAUGAUUAUAAAACAUGGCUUAAUUUGAAAAACUUAGAGGAAGCUGAUUGGAAUAUAUAAUAUUUAUAUUCAUUCUAUUUUUCAACAGUUACAAUGUUUACAGUUGGAUAUGGAGACAUUACUCCUCAAAGUACUUUUGAAACUGUUCUUUGUAUAAUGUUUAUGAUGAUAUGUAGUAUAUAAUUAUCCUACAGUGUGAGUACUGUAGGUGCUAUUAUUGAUAAGAUUUCAUUCUAUACAAAAGAAAAAAGAAAGAAGGUUUAAACUAUUAAUACUUAUAUGUAAAAUAAGAAAAUUAGUUAUGAACUAUAAUUUAAGAUUAGAGAAUAUCUCAAUUAUUAUUGGUAAUGUAAUUAAUAAGAGGAAACAGAAGAAGAAAAAAAUAUAAUUAAUUAAUUAUCAGAAAACUUAAGAGAAAGUUUAUAAUUUGAAGCUAAUUCUAUGAUAUUAAAUAAUUGUCCAUUAUUUAAAAAUCAUUUUAGUGAAUAAUUAAAAAAGAAGUUGGUUAAAAAGAUUAAAUCAAUAGUAGUUUAACCAGAAAAUAUUAUAGAUUUUAAUCAUUUAUUUCCUAGUUAAAAAAUGAAUUAAUUUAUAUGUUUUGUAGAAGAAGGAGAAAUUUAGAUAUUUAUAGAAAAUGAGAUGUAAUAAAAUCAUGUUUCUUAUAAUUCAAUAUCCAUAGUGAAUACUGUUUCAAAAGGAAGUAGUCUUGGUUUAAUGUCAUUCUUAACUGGAAUUAAAGCAAGAGAGAGAUUUAAAAGUAUUGGCUUUUCUAAAUUAUUGUUAUUGUCUCGAGAUGAUUUUCUUAAAAUUAUUCCAGAAUUCCCAGAAGAUUAUGAAGCUUUUAGAGAAAUGCAUGAUGAUUUAAUUUAUAAUUCUGAUUCGGAAUUUCUUAAAUUAGCAUGUUUUUCUUGUAAAAGUGUUUCUCAUAAAGUUAUUGAUUGUCCUUUGGUUCAUUUUAUACCUGAUAAAGAAUAUUUAGUUAAAAAACAUUAAUUUUCAAGAGAAUAAAAACGUAAUGAAACUUUUAAAUUUAAAUUUAGGAGAAAUCCUAAAAGAUAACAUGGAUAUUUUUCAGCUUAUAAUGAUAAUGAUCUAAUUUAAGAAACUAGUGAUUUAUUUUAAACUGAUAAUUAUAAACAAUGUUUAUUUUAUGAGGAAUUAGAUGAAGAAGUUGAUAAAAGUAAACUUUAACAAAUUAAUAUUCCAAGAUCAUCUAAUUAUUAUUAUCUCUAAGAUUCAAUAAAAGAAGAACCUGAAGAAGAUUUUUAAAUGAAUAUGAAUUAUUUAAGUUAAAGAAAAAGUUAAAUAAAUAAAAUUACUAAAAAAUCAAUAUCAUUGUUGGUAGAUGAAGAUUUAGUACCACUUUAGAAUUUUAAAGGAAUUAGUAAAUUUAAAAGAGCAGUGGAAGUAGUUAAAAGUCUAAAUAAAAUAACAAAUCGUAAAAGUUCGAAAGCUUAAACAAAAAAUAUUCUAGCAUCUUUAAAUAGUGAAAACUAUAAAGAGUCAGAAUAAAAAUAAUUGUUAAAUGGAAUAUAGAAGAGAUUAAAAUAUAUUGAUGAUCACAAUAUUGAAUGGAUUGAAAAAGAUAUUUAGGAAAUGGAAUUUCUGAAGUUGAAAUUAUAAAUGCUAAUUAAACUUAAUACUUAAAAACCAGAGAAAUUUGAUUAGAUAGAAAGUGUUAAACAAUAUAAAUUUUAUAAUAUUCAUAACAAUGUUGAUUAAAUAUUGACAAUUUAUAAUGAAUUUUAUAAAGUAAAAUUGAAAGAAUAAUAAAAUAUUCCUUAGGUCUUUAAAUAGUUCGUGAGAUAUUUGAUGUAUCCAUAUUCAUUCAUUCAUAAAUAUAAAUUCAAAUCGGAUAAUUUUAAUGUGAGAGAGAUUAAAUAAGAGGAAUCAAAUUAGAAAAAAAAGAAUAAUAAAUUCUCUAAAUUAUUGACAUUACAUAAAUAAAGUAAAAAUUUAAGAAAGAAACUUAAUGUGAAGAAGGCUUAAAUAUAACCACUAUGA